CCAAAGGAAGUGAUGGCGUCUCAUUUUUUGAAGUUCUCAGUGCUGGUGCAGAAGUAUCGGACACCUCUUCUCCUUGCUGGCUGUGGAGGCGUCUUCACAGCCAACAUUUUCUACCAUGUCUUUCCAGAAAGCACGUACCGAAAACUCUAUCAGGCCUGGAGCAAAGGAGAGCCAACCACCUUAUCAGAAAAGCUGGAGAAUGUGUUCCAGCAGGUGCUGAAAGACUCAGCAGUCAGUUCUCCUGAUAACUACACGGCUUUCGCUGCUUACGGUUUCCAUCCGGUUGGUGCAGGGAUUCCAUGGCUUCCCUCCGGGGCACAGAUCGGCAUCCCAUCCAACUUCAACAGCACCCCGGACAACCUGUCGGGAAUCACUAACCGCACAAUUCUCAUUAACGGUAAAGAAGUGGAGUGGGACAGUGAGACAGGCAGCACACUAAAAAAUGCCCUGGUGUUGUCUGAAGAUGCUCAGAAGUUUGCCAUGGCACGCGAGGUGGCCCGGUUAGAGUGUGCUGGCCCGGUACUGCAUGCUUCUGUGGCUCCAACCUGCUUGGCUGGAGCCUGGAUUUACAGCAUAGCUCUCAAGCAGAUCUUUGGGCUCUUUGCUCGAUCUGUUAUCCUCAGAGCUGGGGUUAACACACUCGCUCUGGGUCUGGGAGUCUUGUCAUACUUUUUAGCCUCUGACGCUGUAAACCAGUGGCUAGAAUUCCGCUCGGACCGGCAGGCUGCAAGCCUGUCCCACAACUACGCAAAGGGUGGAGUUGAGUUCUAUGAGAAGAUUCUGGAGAGGAAUAAGACCUUGCGUGUACUGAUGGGGCCUAGAGGAGAGGAGAUGUACGCACCAAGUGGCAAUCUGUUCCCUGCCAGCCUGAUGAGUAUGAAACAUGCACCGUACACGGGGAGGCGAGACGGAAUUCUGAGGCUACUGAAAGAGGAGAAAGCAUAAAGGAUGUUUGGUCUUUGAAUAAAUUGUGAAUUUGAAUAAAUGACUAGGAUGCGUUCAUAAGGACUUUCUGAUAUCCAUUAACAAACACAUUCAUAAAUGUUGAUAUUACAUGGUAGGUGUAGUUGUGGGAAGAGAAGGAUAUUGUGCCCAAAUAUAUCUACGCACACACUGAUUGUGUCUCACCUAAAGCCUGACUAACACCAUGUCCUGUUGGUUAACGCAUGCAUACAUUAGUGUAAUUUUUACACUUUUUAACAUUGAUGUGACUUGAAUCAAUUGAGAUGUUGUGGCAGGAGCUUAAACAGGCAGUUCAUGCUCGAAAACCCUGUAGUGUGGCUGAACUAAAGCAGUUCUGCAAAGAAGAGUGGGCCACAGUUCCACCCCAGUGCUGUGAAAGACUGAUCUCCGGAGACUGAUUGCUUAUUGCUGCUAAAGGUGGCACAACCAGAUUUUAAGUUUAAGGAGGAAAUUAGUUUUUCAUAUGGCUGAUAGGUGUUGGAUCACUUUUUUUGCUUCAAAUAAAUAAAUAAAUACAAACUGUA